CAUACUCAAAAAUCAUACUUGUUCAAUACUAAAUCUAUUUAAUUCUGAUAAAAAUUAAGAAAUGAAGAUGUGGAUACUGGCAAUGGUGAGCAUAAUCCUGGCACAAUUAUCAAGAAGGUGUUAUAGCUCAUCUUCACUGAAUUCAUUCAUAUACGUAGGCUGCUCGCAGCUGAAAUACAAUCCAGGCAGCCCCUACCAAUCAAAUCUCAACUCAAUUCUGACCUCCAUCGUAAACUCCGCCUCCUACGCCAACUACAACAACUUCAAAGUGGCCCUCCCGGGCUCCUCCGCGGCCGACGUCGUCUACGGCCUCUUCCAGUGCCGAGGCGACCUCGGCAACGGGGCCUGCCGGGGGUGCGUGGCGGACGCGGUGGCCCGGCUGGGGGCCACGUGCGCGGGGGCCACGGGCGGGGCGAUGCAGCUGGAGGGGUGCUUCGUCCGCUUCGACAACGCGUCGUUCGUCGGGGUGGAGGACAAGACGGUGGCGGCGGACAAGUGCGGGCCGAUGGAUGAUGACUCGGACGCGGCGGCGCGGAGGGACGCGGUGCUGGCGUACCUGGGGGCGGGAGGGGAGUAUUAUCGGGUCACCGGGGCCGGGAAGGUGCAGGGAGUGGCGCAGUGCGUGCAGGACCUGAGCGUGGGGGAGUGCCAGGAUUGCUUGUCCGAGGCCGUCCAGCGCCUCAGGACCGAGUGCAGCUCCGCUGCGUGGGGGGAUAUGUUCUUCGCCAAGUGCUACGCGCGUUACUCGCAGCGUGGCUACACCGCCAAGCCCGAAAAUGACGAUGAAGUGGAGAAAACACUAGCCAUUUUCAUUGGACUUGUAGCUGGUGUAGCAAUCCUCGUGGUUUUCCUCUCUUUCUUGAGUAAAGCUUUAGAUAACAAAGGUGGUGGCAAAUAAGCAAAUUGCGUUGAGAAAGUGAAGGAAGUAUCUAACUAUCCCUUUUGAUACAUGCCUCUAUCUUCUUGUAGUUUCAUGAAUAAAAUUCGUUACACUUUUGUAAAAAAAAGGUGUUGAUUCUGCAACGACGAUCGAGAUCAUUUCAUUCGAUACCUUAGGCUAGCCAUUUUGAUUUAAUUGUUACCGUAUAGAAUGUAUUUUUGUUUUUAUGGUCAAUUAUUCAAUUCCAUUUCUGGAUUAUCUUUUCAA